ACGAGCUCGCUCCCAUGCGCGUCACCUGACCGUGAGACAUGCAAAUCGUUGCUUCUCUGGAACGCCAUUGGUUGGCUUCGUCUCAUUUAGUCGCUGUCAAAGCGCAUCAUAUGGCCGCUCUCCCAUUAACUUUUCUACCGCGCCGCUGAAAGUAGCUCAAAGACGCUUUUCAUCGCGCUGGAUGUGAAAAUCAGACGAAAAGAAAGUAAAGAAAAACAGGACAGGCGACUUACACUGUAUCGGUUUGGAUUGUAUCACUGUUUUCUUGUUUCAGUUUUUGUUGGGAGUUUUUUUUACGCGUCGGUGCCAACGGUCAGGGACGCCGGUGUUGCUCGGAGUGAAUGUUUCUUGUUUGCUGACUGAGAAAGUUAAAGCCAGGUGAAUGUAUAGCAUGAUGAUGGAAACGGACUUGCACUCCCCGGGACCUCAAACGAACACAAACACGGGGCACACGGGACCAAAUACGGGGAGCAAAGUGAACCAAGAACGCGUAAAGAGACCCAUGAACGCGUUCAUGGUGUGGUCUCGAGGUCAGCGACGGAAGAUGGCACAGGAAAACCCCAAAAUGCACAACUCUGAGAUCAGCAAGCGGCUCGGCGCGGAGUGGAAAGUCAUGUCCGAGGCGGAAAAGCGACCCUUCAUCGACGAGGCGAAGCGCUUACGUGCCAUGCAUAUGAAAGAGCACCCGGAUUACAAGUACAGACCACGGAGAAAGACCAAGACGCUGCUGAAAAAGGACAAAUAUUCCUUGGCGGGCGGCCUGCUCGCUGGGUCGGGCAGUGGAGGCGGAGUGGGUUUGGGAAUGAGCGCGCCCGGGGUCGGGCAGAGGUUGGAGAGCCCCGGAGGUCACGGUGGUAGCGCCACGGCGAGCUAUGCACACAUGAACGGCUGGGCGAACGGCGCCUAUUCGGGGCAGGUAGCGGCCGCCGCGGCUGCCGCCGCGAUGAUGCAGGAGGCGCAGCUGGCGUACGGACAGCACCCGGGAAGCGGCGCGCAUCACCACCACGGACACCACCACCACCACCACCCACACAAUCCGCAGCCCAUGCAUCGCUACGACAUGACCGCCCUCCAGUACAGCCCCAUAUCAAACUCGCAGAGCUACAUGAGCGCCUCUCCGUCGGGCUACGGAGGGAUAUCUUACACGCAACACCAGAAUUCCAGCGUGGCUGCCUCGGGAGGCAUUGGUUCGUUGGGGUCUCUUGUGAAGUCCGAACCGAGUGUAAGCCCUCCGGUUACCACUCACUCUCGGGGGCCCUGUCCCGGGGACUUGCGAGAGAUGAUAAGCAUGUACUUACCGACGGCCGAGACAGGGGACAGUUCCGUUCAAAGCAGACUUCACGCACUGCCACAGCACUAUCAAAGUUCUACAACAGGCAUUAACGGAACCGUUCCACUGACACAUAUUUAAAAUAAACAAUAAGAAAGGAAAAAGAAACAUAAAAUCAACCACGCAGAAACAAGUAACCAAAUAUUUACCUCUUUUUAGAUCAUAACUACCUUUUUUUUGUACAGAAUGGUUCCUUGUAAAUUUAAAGUCAACUAUUAUUUAAACCUUGAAAGUAAACAGACGUGACAGCGGGGCACAGUAUAGGUAAGCUGUUUUUCCAGAGUUCAAAGAAAAUUGCCUACAUACAAAUUAGCUUUAGGCCUGUGCGUUUGCUAAAGGGAAGAGAUGCCAGCCUUUAAACAAUCUACAUUAUCUUGUGACAGUUUUGAAGUAACUUUGAUUGUUGUGAAAUGCACAUUUUAAACUGGGGACGAGUGGAGGCUUCAGCUUAUAGGCCUAGUGAAAAUGGCUACAAUGUUUUAAAGGUUUAUGUUAUUGUCAUCAGCCCACAAUUCUUUGGUUUGUAAACACGUGACUAAGCCUGUGUGUUUGAUCCAUUCCCUUUUUGGUCGAUGUAUUUAAUAAUUGUGCAUAUAUUAUAUAGAAACCGAUAGGCUUAAAGAAAUGUAAAUAGUUUCUUUAAUUCUUUUUUUUCAAGAAAGAAAGCAAACCUUUUUGCGUUGGUAUGAA